AUGGGCCCAGUCGUUGCGUCGGUCCGCGUGUCCCGGUCCCGGUCCUUCCUCCCCUCUGGCGACUGCGGUCUGCGCCCCGUGACGCGACCCACCCAGCGCCCUCGGGGCCCAGGCGGGGAAUGUGCUCUGACCCCUCCCGCGACACCAACUUUCCGACCCACCUGUCGGUGCGGACUCACGCCGAGCUUCAUGGCGGCUGAGGAGAUGCACUGGCCGGUCCCCAUGAAGGCCAUUGGUGCCCAGAACCUGCUGACCAUGCCCGGCGGUGUGGCCAAGGCUGGCUACCUGCACAAGAAGGGGGGCACCCAGCUGCAGCUGCUCAAAUGGCCGCUGCGCUUCGUCAUCAUCCACAAGCGCUGCAUCUACUACUUCAAGAGCAGCACAUCUGCCUCCCCGCAGGGCGCCUUCUCCCUCAAUGGCUACAACCGGUGAGUGCCCACCCUGCCCACGAUGGUGCCCACUCUGUGCAGGCCCGAGGGUGUCGCAGCUCUCCCUGAGCCCCCUUGCCUGAGGUCCUCACCUCCUGUCCCCUGUGCAGAGGGUCUGCACUGCUGCCCUCUUGGGUCCUUGCCCACUGGCUGCCCAGGGACUCGUGCAACCCUCCUCCCUCGUGCAUGGCUCCUUCCCCACCAUGGCCUCUUUCUGGGGAGCUCAGUC